AUGGCUGCUGCAAUGGAUGUGGACACACCGAGUGGGACCAAUAGUGGUGCCGGCAAGAAGCGCUUCAAAGUAAAGAAGUGGAAUGCAGUUGCACUCUGGGCUUGGGACAUCGUGGUUGACAACUGUGCCAUUUGCAGAAACCAUAUUAUGGAUCUGUGCAUAGAAUGUCAAGCUAACCAAGAAUCAGCUACCUCCAAAGAAUGCACUGUUGCAUGGGCUACCUGCAAUCGUGCUUUCCACUUCCAUUGUAUUUCUCAUUGGCUUAAGACUCGGCAGAUGUGUCCAUGA